UAGUUUGAUGUAACGGCAGUUUUGCUAAUUUUUGGUAACUCGGCCAAAAUUACGACUUAAAAGCUUUUGUUUUCAGUCUUCUGCCGUUAAGCACAACUACUAUUAUUAUUUCAUUUUGGCUAACGGAUAUUUUGAGCGCCAAUAAGGCAGAAAUCUGUGAAACUGCAGUGGUUUAACCGUUAGGCUACAUCAAUUGGUUGAUUCCUCAUUUACCAUUUAACAUUAUUGCUAGCAGUGGUGUCAAAAUGUCAAACUUUGAAGAUGGUUAGUGGCUUUUUAUCGAUAUUCUAGGGGGUGAAACUGAAAAAUAAAUGUUUUAUUACUACUCUGGGAACUGUAGUUAGUUUGGUGUAACGGCAGUUUUGCUAAUUUUGUUAACUCUGCCAAAAUUACUUUGUAAAAGCUUUUGUUUUCAGUAACGUACAACUAUUAUUAUUUUAUUUUGGCUAACGAAUAUUUUGAGCACCAAUAAAGCAGAUAUUCGUGAAACUGCAGUGGUUUGACCGUUAGGCUCCUUCAAUUGUUUGACUCCUCAUUAACCAUUUACCAUUAUUGCUAGCAGUGGUGUCAAAAUGUCAAACUUUGAAGAUGGUUUGUGGCUUUUUAUCGAUAUUCUUGGGGAUGAAACUGAAAAAUAAAUGUUUUAUUACUACUCUGUAGUGUUUUGACUGCUAUUAUGACUGCUAUGAGAAAAAAACAAAAACAAAAAAAACAUGAAAUUGCUUUAACUGUCUCCAACAGGAACAGAGAAGACACCUGAGUUUUCAUUAACCAAGGCGGUGGAGGAUGUGUGUCAGGGUGGCUACACCCAGACUGUGGCCCUGGAAGAGAACCAGAAGACUCUCAGCUCAUUGCAGGUUCAACUUUAUACUUACAAAUCACUACAACACAAACAAAAGUGAUUGUAUUAAGUAGAAGUUUUGGUAAUACUACCUUUAAACAAAGGUUAAAGGGGGGUUUUAUUCCUGCUUUGUUUCACCCUCUAGCUUUACAGAACUUAACUUUCAGAAGCCUUGUUCACUGUUGCCACAUAACAAAGUUGUGUUUACUGUCUGGUGGGGUCACAAUUUGUGCAAAUCUCAUAUUGAAUUUGCUGAAUUCUCAUGUGACAUUUUGAACAAGUCUUGUCAUGAAUACAGUCAUGAAUAUUUUUAAUACUGAGAAAGUUUCACGAUUAAAUCAGGGUGGUUGGAUCUUGCAUGCAUUUUAAACAACAUACAGGUCGUCUUUUGUAUUCGUUUUAGUCAAAAGUGCAGAAACCACGAAUUAAUUAAAAUGUCGUUCCUCCUUUUCCAGUCAGCUCUUCAAGACAUCAAUACAGAGGUCAAGUACGCAGAGCAGGAUCUGAGAGCUAAAGUGAGGGACACCCUACUACUGGAGUGCGAGAUAGAGCACCAGAAGCAGCAGAAUAAAACUCUGCAUGAUCGCUGUGUUCCCAGCAGCAACGACAACAGCAACCUCCAGAUGGACAUAAGGGAGGAGGUGGAGAAGGCUCGCAGGGCGCAGGAAUUAUACAGCGCUUACAGAAAGAAGAUGGAGGGUCACAGGGCAGCUGUUCGGCAUGCUGAGAGUCAGACGGAGGCCCAUAAAGAGCUGGAGGAGAAAAGAGAGGUGGUCAGGACGCUGAUGAAGAAGAAAGAGGAGCUGAGGGCAGAUUUGGAGAAUCCGAAUGGAAUCACAGUGCAGAUGGCACAGGUGGAGAAGCCUAAAUGAUCUAUCAGUCCAUACUUUAUCUGUUUGUUCUCACUGAGAUUAAAAGCUCACACAUUAUUGAAUCGUUUUUUCAUCUAAUUUUCUACAGAGAGAGAUCAACGCUCUUUAUGAGGAGAUCUCUGCGAUGAAGAAGACUGCUGAAGAGAAAAGGAAGAAACUGCAUCAAGAGCUGGAGCUUCAUUCCCAAAUAGAGAAAGAAAUAGAGGUACAGCAAAGACAGGCUUUAAAUUUAUGCCACAAAUGAUUAUUUUCAUCAUCUGUUCAUCUCUUGAUUAUAAAGGUAUGAACCAAAAAUCCUGCAGCACAGCAAAUGUAGCACCAGAUUUCAAUUCUAAGAACUGAAGAGAAGAAAAUUCAUUUUUCUCUUCUUAAGAUCCAGAACAAGCGCUUUGAAGCCAUCGUCAAGCGCCUCCACUGCCAGAUGAGCAGAGCCCAGGCUGUCCAAAGGUGAGAUGUAAAUGCACUGUGCUGGAAUUUUCACAGCUUUAAAGCCACCCCUGGACAUGCCCCUGUGAUAAUUAAAGUCUUUAACUUAUUGAGAGAGGAGAAAAAAACAUGAAAUAAUCACGACUAAAUGAACAAAUUUGUUCCUCAUAUUUAAAACAUACUUUCUGUAUCUGCUUUACUCAGGCAGCUGUCUACGGACAUCUACCAUUUGGAGAGACAGCUCGAUGAGCUGAAGAGGCAGCUGCAGUCAUCUCAGGACUCCGCAGUCUGUGAUUAUUGAACGUGUUUUAUGAUCCAUGUCCUAUAUCAAAGCUAAACGCAUGCCUGAAGUUGUUAUGGCUCUGUGUUUUUAACAAUAGCUGCAGUUCCUAUCAAUGAACAGUUGAGGGCAGCAGUGUCGAAAGAAUGUCUAACUUCUUUCCAGUUUCCCCACAGGAGCCUCAGUUUGACUGUAAAACAGUAGUUCGAUACUGGUGCUGAGUGUUAUUUAUCAAAUGCACAAGUUUUAUUUUAAAGAAAAAAAUUUAAAAUAAUAAAAAAAAUUCCUUCCUAUCACAUUAUUUGAUUGAUUGUAAGAACAGAACAGCGUGCAGGAGUGUUUAAUUUAAUCAGGAGCAAAGCCAGCAUGGCGUUGGACGGGAUUUUAGGUCGGGCUCUGACAGUAAAUCAGUUUGUCCACUCAGUGUCCAAAAACAGUGACCCCCACCCUCAACAAAGGCCAAGUGUCCGCUCUAACUGUCGAAAGCAAUGAUGUUGUUCUGGAACACGCUGUUCCAACUGCCGCUUCAUUGGGCCGCAUGAUGGUCUGCGAGGUGACAGCCCCACUGCCGGCUAACAAGGGCGUGACUGUGCUACUUCAGCCAUAACCGGGAACUAAUUAAACAGCACAAAAAAAAAAGCCUUUUUUACACAAUUAAUGCACAUACACAUUUAUCACAACACCCUCCUACAAACUCUGUAACUAGUUUGUUUUUUUUAACUUAAAAUAUUUGUUGCAUUUGAAUUGUACUCCUUCAGACUUAACAGCUUUUUGCAUUACAGGGAUUAUUAUGUAAUGGGCCUUAAAAUGACCACGAAAAAGCUGAAAAUGUCCACAAAUGUUGCAGAGAUGCAUUCUUAACACAAAAUAGUAGCAAACUGAAUAUUUCAUCUUGAAAAUCGGCCUUUAAGCUGCAUCUUCAUUUUGAGUUAUAACAAAUUAACAGUUGCUGCAGUUGUUGCAUGCAGUGCAUGUUGGGAUUUGUUGUGAGUAAUGAGUGUUUUGCAGCUUUACUUGCUCUGCGGGUGUCAGAACAGCCACAAUGGCUCCAAACUGUUGUGUUUUGCUCUUGUCAUAAAGUGAAAGGACACAUUGUGAAUUAUAUAUUAUGGUACUGAAUUAUACCGUUCAAGGCUUUCUAGCACUGUGAGAAAAAUACAAAAAUGGAACUUUUCAGUGAGAAAUUCUCAUGAAGUUUGAGUUUGUUUGAACACUCAGUGAUUGAGUUACAGUAACUUCCUCUUACGUGGCGAAAUACGAAACUUUGACAAGCAGUUAUAGCCGUUUACGUUUGGUAAACAAGUCACUUUCAAUGCCUUCUGGUGUACAAAAAAAAAGAAGUUUGCUGGAUUAACCCUGUUAGAGAAAUUAACCCAAAUAUUAUCCAAGAAAAUAGCUAAAAUUGUGCUUACAUCAGAUAAUUAUACAACACAACGGAAAAAGAAAAAAAUGACCUAGAAUUGCACCUGAGGUACUCCACGGGACCAACGUCAGAUCGAAAUCCGAAAGAGAUUCAGAUUGUUCAUGACAAACUUAAUAAUUGUAAAAGUUUUGGCACAGGAGCCCCAAAACAACUUAUUCAAUUAUAUAUUUAUCAGUGUGUUGAUGCUCAAAGCACAACCGUUUGAUGAAUUAGCCAAAAAAUUCAGACUGUUUCAUGUCCUGCUCGUCCCCAUAUUGAAGCUAAAUGGGCCAUUUUCUUAAAGCUGCAUCGGGGGAGUUUGUCCAGUUUUCUAUACUGCAGCACCGCUCUCUUUGGCUGACCUCAUUAGCAGUGUCAUCAGCCUGUCAGCUCUCCGCUUUGUCCGGAUGACGCUGCUCGGCCCUUAAAACUGCUACAAAAAAACCCACCCACAUUAUGACGCACUUUACAAAGUCAAAUGUACAGUAAGAUACCCUUAAAAUGUCCUUGUGAAAGACAGUUCUGGGUGAUGGGAUUCACUGUAUUUCCCCUCUCCUUGUGUAAUUAUAUUUUCUGCUUUGUCAUGUGUUUGGUGCUGACAUUUCAAAGGGUUUCCACUCUGCGAGAAACUCUUUAGAUUAAUGCCACUCAUAUCCUCCCAGCCCAAGCUAAUUAAGCCGAGCUGAUUAGGGAAUGAAUUCAACACCAGCCGUCCCCCACAUGCCGGGUUUAUUUACUUGGCUGUGACACAUUUGUCUACUCCACUUUGGCAUCAGUCUUCACUUUGAAAUGUACUCAACUGCUGAAACACAGAAGGGGAGUUUAAACAAAAAUAACCAAAAGUACAGUCAGAGUUUAGGUUUUUUCCCUAAAAAAUGUCAAAACAAUCAAAUCAAACGUAUAUUUUUACAGCAGAAACAAUACGGCCUCAUCUCACACCUUGAAGAAACACCUCUUUAACUUUACACUCUCCUUCUUUUGGCUGUUUGAUAAAUUAAUGCACCAACGCAAACGCUUGGCAAGCUUUCUAAAAGCUCUGCAGGACACCUUCGCUGCUUUAUUCCUCUGCAGAGUUGAUGCAGAGAAGUUAUUAUCUGCUUUUCUCCACUGUAAGAUCGUCUGAGAAGAGUUUAGUUUAUUUGAACCGUUAAUGUUCAGCUAUAAAUCUUUCC